AUGGCCAAUCACACGCUAAUCUAUCUCGCGGUGUUGCUCCUUGCAUAUUACUACUUCUUCCGUCGGUCACGAAAGAGGCUCUACGAACUGGCGGCCAAACUUCCGGGUCCUUUCGAUUUGCCAAUCAUCGGAAGCAUUCACAUUGGCUUUGGCAGGGGACCUGAGGAGAUUUGUGAUUAUCUGAUGCAGUACAUACACAAAAUUCCAUCCCUAAUGCGCGGCUGGAUUGGACCGUACUUAUUCCUAGCCGUUUCGGAUCCGGAGCAUGUUGCCAUGAUUCUCAACUCGCAGGAUUGCGUGAAAAAAUCCUACGUCUACAAGUGUUUACGGUUUGAUAAAAAUUUGCUCAACGCACCACCGGAUUUGUGGCGAAAACUACGUAAACAGCUCACUCCGGCCUUUUCGAUGGGAGCUUCGCGGACAUUCGUGCCCGUGUUCAACGAAAAGGCCGAUACGUUAGUCGAGUCUUUGAGUGGGUCAGUGGGUCAAGAAAGCUUCGAUGUACUUCCCGCCGUUGCAGGCUUUACGCUGUCGACGACGACGAUCAAUACACUGGGUUUGGAUAUUGACAACGAAACUGGCGACUACAAGGAACGUUACCACGAAAACGCAGAAAAAAUGUUUACGAUUCGAUGGUCCAGAAUCUACAAACCAUGGCUGCACCCAGAUUGGGUAUUCAAAUUUACGUCCGCUUACCGCGAAGAGCAGCAAAGGCUGAUCAUGUUUCAAGAGAUGUCCUCUAAGAUGUGCACAAUAAGAAAGGAAACACGGCUUCAAAAUCCUAACAACGCGUCCGAGCGAGAUGAUGACAACGUUCGUCGGCCUCAACGCUUCAUCGAUCAGCUGGAAAAGAUGAACCUGGAGCAAAUGGAUAUGGUUGAUAAUCUGGAUAGUAUCAUAUUCGCUGGUAACGAUACAACGGCUACCAUGAUCUCAUCCGCGAUUCUACUGAUGGCCAUGCAUCAGGAAGUGCAGAAUCGUGCCUAUCAGGAAGUGAUAGAUACCACACCGCAUGAGUACAUUGACUAUGGGGACUUGUCCAAAUUGGAGUACCUGGAGAUGGUGAUGAAGGAAUCCAUGCGAUUACUGCCCGUGGCCCCGGCAAUUGCCCGGGUAUGCGAGAAGGAUAUCCAACUGGGUGAAUUCACCGUUCCAGCCAACACUCAGCUGAUAAUACCCAUAAUGAAGGUCCACCGGGACAGACAGAUAUGGGGCGAACGGUCCGAUGAGUUCGAUCCGGAACACUUCUCACCGGAAAACUGCGCCAAACGACAUCCGUAUGCAUAUCUGGCAUACAGCGGUGGCAUCAGAAAUUGCAUCGGCAUGAAAUACGCUUCUAUUGCGAUGAAGAUCUUGCUAGCUAAACUGCUCAAAAGCUACAAGUUUUCCACUGAUCUUAAACUGUCGGAACUGAAACCCUACGCUUCGAUUGUAAUGAAACUGACCAACGGCUAUAUGGUCAGCAUAGAGCGACGAACUCAUUCAAAUUUAGAGAUGUAUCACAUAAUCGUACAAAUCGUUCUGUUCUGCGUUGCAUUCUACAUUACUCACUGUUGGCGCAACCGUUACAUCCUCCGGCAGCUAUGGCAUCUACCUGGUCCUCCAAACCUCCCGUUGCUAGGUUCGAGCUACAUCUUUCUGGGCAAAAGCUAUUCCCAAAUAUUCCACGCAUUUCACCAAAUUACCACCAAAUAUGGACGCAACGGAAGCCCUGUCCGAUUCUUCCUGGGUCCAAUGCCAUUUGUAAUCAUAAAUAACCCGGAUCACGCUCAAGCCAUUUUGACCUCGGCCGCCUGUCUGGAUAAGCCAUGGAUCUAUCGGUACACUCCUUUGGACGGAAUAUUUUCGCUCCCAGUUCAAAAAUGGCGCUUUCACAGAAAAGCCAUCCAACCAAGCUUCAAUUGGGCCAUUUUGAAGGGUUUCAUCCCGAUUUUCAAAGCCAAAGCGGAUGUCCUGGUGCAAAAACUGAGACAGCAAGCUUCCAAAAGCGAAGUGUUUGACAUCUAUGGAUACGUCGCGGCUUGUACGUUGGAUAUGGUGUAUGCGACUACCCUCGGAAUAGAAAUGAACAUCCAGCAGCAGACGACCUGUGAAUACCUUGAUGUGCUGGAAGAACUGUUCGAACUGGUAACUAAUCGCGUAACCAACGUUUUUCUCCAUCCAGAAUGGAUCUACCGACUGACCCGCUAUCACAGACGGGAGUCCCACGUACGCAGGAUUUUUCGAACACCUGCUCAGGAAGUGCUCCGACAGAAACCGAUCCUCCUGAACGCAUCCGGGCCUGAUACAAACUCCAUGAAACCUCAAAUUUUCAUCGAACAACUAUACCGAAUCGCUAGGAAAGACCCUCGCUUCGAUAAGAAUGCGAUCGAGAAAGAGCUGAACACGAUGAUUUUCGGGGGUAACGAAACAACAGCCGUAACAAUGGCAAAUACAUUGCUUCUCAUAGCAAUGCAUCCCGCCGUUCAACGUAAGCUGGUUGCCGAAAUCGAUGAAGUUUUCGGUGACUGCUUGGAGGACAUAACCAUUGAACAGCUACAACAGCUGACCUAUAUGGAAGCGGUGCUGAAGGAAGCCAUGCGACUGUGGCCGAUUACAACGAUUCUCGGGAGGAAAACUAGCUCCGAGGUGCACCUGAAUGAACUGAUAAUCCCAGCCGGUGUAAACUUGGUCGUAGAUGUUUUCAGCAUCCAUCGAAAUUCACAGUUCUGGGGUGCCAAUGCAGAUCACUUUGAUCCGGAUAGGUUUCUUGAUGGUAAUCACCAUCCGUACGCGUUUCUAGGAUUCAGUGCAGGUCCACGAAACUGCAUCGGAACACGUUACGCCUGGAUUUCGAUGAAAAUUAUGCUGGCGAGUGUGCUGCACGGUUUGGAACUGGCUACGCCACUUCGGCUGGAGGAUAUUGACUUGAAGCUGGCCAUGACGUUGAAGGUUGUGAACAAACAUAUGGUCACUGUUAGCGAAAGACACGGGAAAUUGUAG